AUGAAGUUCGCCCGAGACUUCAGAGUGACCCUCGCCAGCCAAAACUUUCCAACUCAUUGGAUUGAAAGGGCAAUUCCAUACGGUCAGCUAAAAAAAUGUCUAAAGAAGGUGCAACGAGAGCUACAGGACUUAGGUCUCGAUCCUGACACGCUCCGGGCGUUGUUGGACCCGACCACGACAUCACCAGUCGCCCUUCAGUAUAAGCUAAAAACUGCAAAUGGCUCUAAUUUUGUCCGCCCAAAGCUUACUGUCUACGUCCACAUGCAAGAUGGUGUUGCCGUUGAUGCAUCCCUCACACCGACAUCUAGAAGGUUCUUUGAGCGACUCGCCUCAGAACAUCGUCUCACUGACAUAUUGAAACUCGACGAGCAGGUGAACACGACACGUCCAUCUGAAUCUGUCCCACCAUCGUUUACACAAGGUUCUUCACACCAGGGCGAAAAGUCUAUCCAGGAUAUAUAUGAAAAAGUUGAAGUACCCUUGGUCUUUGAUGGCGAGUUUUUUGACAUGCUACAGAGUGAUGUAAACGACCUUGCUGCUCUCCAGGUUCUGGAACAGCGGAGACUGACUGCAGAUGUGAUAGCGCUUGGGAAAGAAGUCUCACUCGUUUGCCGGCCCAGUCGAUUGUCAAAGAGCGACCUUGCUCGAUGGCGUCGCGUCUUUGAGUUGUACCUUGAUGCCGAGGUUUUUUUCGGCACCCACGAGAGAGACAGUGGUGCAAGAUCAAGCCAAAUAGCGCUGAAGCAGCUUCAGUGGUUCCAGGCUGAAGUGGAGAAAAGACACCUUGUGAAGGAGUUCAAACUUCGAGAGAGCCAGGCGGCUUUCUCGAAGUUCGUCAAUCUGAACCUAAGCCUAUUAAAAACUGUGCAAUUCCAAGAACUGAACAGGCUUGCAAUUGUCAAAAUUCUGAAAAAAUUUGAUAAGAGAACGUCUCUGGGUGUAUCGCAAACAUUCCGCUCUGCCAUGCCAUCCGAUAACUUUCUGUCAAGAGACGUUGCGAAGGAUGUGUGUGCUCAGAUGUCGCAAGAGCUCGUCGCAGUGGUGCCUCAACUGAAUGACUACCUCUGUCCUGUGUGUUUUUCUGUGGCUUAUCGCCCUGUGCGAUUAGAUUGCCAGCAUGUGUUUUGCAUUAGAUGCGUAGUCAAGAUACAGCGGCAGAACGAAAGACAUUGUCCGUUGUGUCGUGCCGAUGUUAUUAUGACCGCAUCAGCAGACAAUCUAGACCAUGUACUUGAAAAAUACUUGAAAAAAUAUUUCGCCCGAGAAGUAAAGGAAAAGAAACGAUCCAACGAAAUAGAACGAGGUGUUGAGGACUACGGUCCCGGAUAUACCCAUCAUGACUGUGUCAUCAUGUAA